AUGCCCAGAGACGAGUUUGGAGUGCCAGCGCAUAUUCCCCCAGAGAUCUCCACCACCAUUCGUCACACGUACUACAUCCCUCCGCAGUACUACCCCUUUCUGAAGAAGUUAGGGGACGACACACCGGAGCUCAAGCCUUGGAUGGACAAGCUUAUGAAUGGUGAGAUGACCUUCGAUGACUAUGAAGAGAUGUUCUACACAUUUGCCAAGCCCCUGAAGAUCCACCGACCCUUGAUUCCAAUGCCCUACCGAUCAGAAGCAGAGAUGAAGAAGAGUCCUGAAGUGGCCUGGGAAGGCGCUGCCGCGAACCGUCAGCGUGUGUUGGGCGACUACACCUCCAGGCACUACUUCCGCGACUUCGUGGGUGGUAUGGGCGUCGGAAUCUUCCUGGCUUGGAUCUACGUCCAAGCCCAUCGCCAGUACCGGAUUGAUAUGAAGCUCUUCUACUUGGAGGCCCCGGAGCACAAGAUCAAUUGGGUCACGCCCCGUGGUGAUCUGUAG